GUUGGGGGCUUUGCUGAGCCCGAGACAGCUGGAAAGGAUAAACAGAGGCGGGGGCCGCCGAGGUCUCAGGUCCCAGCCGGGCCGGGCGGUGCUACGCAGCCUGGCGAGCGGCUCAAGCGGCCUUCCAGCCACUCUCUCACCUCCUGGAGGGGCCCCUGCCCUGGCACAGGGGUCAGGCCGCCCCCCUGCAUGGAAGUUCGGGGGCUUCGUCCACUGGCUGCUGCGGCUGCUGAGCCUGCCUUGAGGAGGCCUGACAGGUAAUUUCAAUGCCUUCUCAAUGGACAUGAACUCUGCUGGAAUGCUUGGAUUCACAGCAAGACCAUCACUAACUUGCUUUCGUAGGCCCUAUUGUGAAAAGAUGGCAAAAGCAAAUAUUAUUGGAGACCUCAUUAGCAGGCAGCUCAAGGAAAAGGGUGCCCUCAGUUUUGAGCGACACUAUCAUGUUACCGACCCAUUCAUUCAGCGUCUGGGCUUGGAAGCGGAGCUGCAAGGUCAUGCUGGCUGUGUCAACUGCCUUGAAUGGAAUGAAAAAGGAAACUUGCUGGCCUCUGGCUCUGAUGACCAGCACACCAUUGUGUGGGAUCCUCUGCACCAUAAGAAACUCCUUUCCAUGCACACGGGGCAUACAGCAAACAUAUUUUCUGUCAAGUUCUUGCCGCAUGCGGAGGACCGGAUACUUAUUACUGGGGCCGCUGAUUCCAAAGUGCACGUCCACGACUUGACUGUCAAAGAAACGACCCACAUGUUUGGGGAUCACAAAAACAGAGUCAAGCGAAUUGCCACAGCUCCGAUGUGGCCCAACACCUUCUGGAGUGCGGCAGAAGAUGGACUAAUCAGACAGUAUGACUUGCGAGAGAAUAGCAAACACUCAGAAGUUCUGAUAGACCUGACUGAAUACUGUGGGCAGCUUGUGGAGGCAAAGUGCCUCACAGUCAAUCCCCAGGACAAUAACUAUCUCGCUGUGGGAGCCAGUGGACCCUUUGUCCGGAUUUACGACAUACGCAUGAUCCACAACCACAGGAAAAGCAUGAAACAGAACCCUGCGGCUGGUGUCCAUACAUUCUGUGAUCGACAGAAACCCCUCCCAGAUGGCGCUGCUCAAUACUACGUAGCAGGGCAUCUUCCAGUGAAAUUACCUGACUACAAUAACCGACUGAGAGUUUUGGUAGCUACCUAUGUCACUUUCAGCCCAGAUGGUACAGAGCUCUUAGUCAACAUGGGAGGAGAACAGGUUUACUUAUUCGACCUGACGUAUAAGCAGCGGCCAUACACUUUUCUCCUGCCAAAAAAAUGCCAUACUCCAGGGGAGGUGCAGAACGGGAAAACAUCGGCCAAUGGCGUGUCAAAUGGCAUCCAUCUCCACAGCAAUGGUUUCCGGCUGUCUGAGGGGCGAGCCCAUGUCAGCCCACAGGUAGAGCUACCUCCCUAUCUCGAGAAGAUUAAGCUGCAGGCCAAUGAGGCUUUUGCUUGCCAGCAGUGGACUCAAGCCAUCCAGCUCUACAGCAGAGCUGUCCAGAAAGCCCCCAACAAUGCCAUGCUCUAUGGGAACCGAGCAGCUGCUUACAUGAAGCGCAAGUGGGAUGGAGAUCACUACGAUGCGCUCCGAGACUGCCUAAGGGCCAUCUCCCUGAAUCCUUGCCACUUGAAGGCUCACUUCCGCCUGGCCCGUUGCCUCUUCGAGCUGAAGUAUGUAGCAGAAGCCCUGGAGUGUCUGGAUGAUUUCAAAGGAAAGUUUCCCGAGCAAGCCCACAGCAGUGCUUGCGAUGCCCUGGACCGGGACAUCAAUGCUGCCCUUUUCUCCAAAAGUGAUAACGGGGAAGACAAGAAAGGGAGUGGCCCCAUCUGGCUGCGAGCAACUGGCCGCAAGGAUUCAAUAUCGGAGGAUGAAAUGGUGCUGAGGGAGCGCAGCUACGACUACAAAUUCAGAUACUGCGGCCACUGUAACACCACCACAGACAUCAAAGAGGCGAACUUCUUUGGCAGCAAUGCGCAGUACAUCAUCAGUGGCUCCGAUGAUGGUUCCUUCUUUAUCUGGGAGAAAGAAACAACUAAUCUGGUGCGAGUGCUGCAGGGCGACGAGUCGAUUGUGAACUGCCUUCAGCCCCACCCGAGCUACUGCUUCCUGGCCACCAGUGGCAUCGAUCCAGUGGUACGGCUUUGGAAUCCCAGGCCAGAAAGCGAAGCACUGAACGGGCGAGUGGUAGAAGAUAUGGAAGGCGCUUCCCAAGCCAAUCAGAGGCGGAUGAAUGCUGAUCCCUUGGAGGUGAUGUUGAUGAACAUGGGCUACCGGAUCACAGGAAUGACUGGUGGUGGGUCUGGAGGCUCGGAUGACGAAGACAGCUCUGAGAAUCAGGUCCACUGCCGGACCAGCUAAAGUUGAAUGGCCUCUCCUUCCUUAUUUUUUUUUUUUUUUUGGUUUUCAUUUUUGUUUUGUUUCGUUUGAAGGGAAAUCUAGUUUGCUCCGUUUGAACUUGGAAGGACUGCACUGUUUCACACUAUGCACAGGAUGGGAUAUGCCAGCGAGGGCAGAAGUGACUGGGUUUUUUGACUGCUGCUACAAUUUCUUCCUUCCCCUGUUCUACUAUUAAGCAGCAUGGUAAUGUGGCCUGUUGAGUUUUUGCCCUCCCAGCAGAAGCUGGGAUUCCUUUUCCACAUUGUCUGUGAGCAGUGUACAACUGGUGACCCAUCCCUUCAUCCAGUGUGGCUGGAUGGUGGGAAGCAUUGCCUACAUGAGUGUGUUUUGCAGAGAGGUUGUUGAAAACUCAAUAAAAUGUAAACUAGG